UCCCGCGGGCGAUUCCAUUCCGCACUCUGGGCAAAGGCACGGGCUAGACGGACAGUCUCCCCACGCUCCCCGACAACGCACAUGGGCGAGCCCGGACCCACCCGAGGGGCAACCGCCGCGACUUCCGGUUCCGAUGACAGCGGCGCCGGAAGCCGGCUGGGCUGCAGGACUAGGUGACAGCUGCCCGGCUCCGGGUCCCGGGGUGCGGGGCGCCCCGACCAAAGCCCGGAGCAGUCGUCGGCCACACCUUCCAAGGGCUGGUGGAGUCGCCCCGACUCAGACGUCCCGUCUUCGUGCACCCGACUGGGUCAGAGAGGCCACCAUGGAACAGUGUGCAUGCGUGGAGAGGGAGCUCGACAAAGUCCUGCACAAGUUCCUGACCUACGGGCAACACUGCGAGCAGAGCCUGGAGGAGCUGCUGCACUACGUGGGCCAGCUGAGGACGGAGCUGGCCAGUGCCGCUCUCCAGGGGACCCCUCUCUCAGCCACCCUCUCCCUUGUAAUGUCCCAGUGCUGUCGGAAGAUCAAAGACACCGUCCAGAAACUGGCGUCAGACCACAAGGACAUUCACAGCAGCGUCUCCCGAGUGGGCAAAGCCAUUGACAGGAACUUUGACUCUGAGAUCUGCGGCGUAGUCUCGGAUGCCGUGUGGGACUCCCGUGAGAAGCAGCAGCAGAUCCUGCAGAUGGCCAUUGUGGAGCACCUGUACCAGCAGGGCAUGCUCAGUGUAGCUGAGGAGUUGUGCCAGGAAUCAACAUUGAAUGUGGACCUGGACUUCAAGCAGCCCUUCUUGGAGUUGAAUCGGAUCUUGGAAGCUCUACAUGAGCAAGACCUGGGGCCUGCACUGGAAUGGGCUGUAUCCCAUCGGCAGCGCCUGCUGGAGCUCAACAGCUCACUGGAGUUCAAGCUGCACCGGCUGCACUUUAUCCGCCUUCUAGCUGGUGGCCCCGAGAAGCAGCUGGAGGCCCUCAGCUAUGCCCGGCACUUCCAGCCCUUUGCUCGGCUGCACCAGAGAGAGAUCCAGGUGAUGAUGGGCAGCCUGGUGUACCUGCGGCUGGGCUUGGAGAAGUCACCCUACUGCCACCUCCUAGACAACAGCCACUGGGCGGAGAUCUGUGAGACCUUUACUCGGGAUGCGUGUUCCCUGCUGGGGCUUGCAGUGGAGUCCCCACUUAGUGUCAGCUUUGCUUCUGGCUGUGUGGCACUGCCAGUGCUGAUGAACAUCAAAGCUGUCAUCGAACAGAGGCAGUGCACUGGCGUGUGGAGUCACAAGGAUGAGCUGCCGAUUGAGAUCGAGUUGGGCAUGAAGUGCUGGUAUCACUCCGUGUUUGCAUGUCCCAUCCUGCGACAGCAGACCUCAGAUUCCAACCCUCCCAUCAAGCUCAUCUGUGGCCAUGUCAUCUCCCGAGACGCACUCAACAAGCUCAUCAAUGGAGGAAAGCUCAAGUGUCCCUACUGUCCUAUGGAGCAGAAUCCAGCAGAUGGGAAACGGAUCAUAUUUUGAUUGCAAAGAACCUUUUGCUGGAAGGUGUUAAUCCACCCAUGGGCCUUGGUCUGCCGUGGUGGAGGGACUGGCGUCAGUGGAUUGUGAUGCCUCUCAGACCAGCACUACCAAGAGGCCUGGCCUGCCCAGGCAGAGGCCAAGGAAGGCCGUGAACCAGCCUACACUUCCUUGGCUGCAAGGGGGACUGGUGCUGUGUUUCUGCUGUCUUCCUGUUUACACUUGCCCCUGACUGAGCAGCAAAGGCUUGGGCUAUCAAAAGCAGACAUCUUUCUAUUCCUGCCCUCAAACCAGGGGGGUCCAGCUGUGGUCCACCUUCUACUGUACAGCCAACUGUAUGUAUCUAUUCUCCACUGUAAAUAGCCCGUUAGAACUGGAUGCUGUUUUGUAACUUUGAACAAAUAUAUUCACAGCCCUUCUCCUUA